AUGAAGCUUCCAUUCGAUGGGGAUUUGGAUCCUCGCACUCAGCUUCUUCCCAGUUUGAUUGACCAUUAUGUCAAGACCAAGCCUGAUGCUAUCUACGCCGAAUACCCUGUCAAUCCUACAAGUUAUGAUGACGGGUACCGAAAAGUUACCUAUAAAGCAUUUAGCAACGCGGUCAAUAGCCUCACUAAAUUCCUAGUCGAGACCUUAGGACCUAGGAAUAGCGAAGUGUUAGCCUACAUGGGUCUGAAUGAUAUGCGGUACCCCGGCUUAGUUUUAGACACCCUGAGAGCAGGUUAUUGCAUAUAA